UCUUCCUCGCCUUCACACUUCACUUUAAUCUACACCUAUAAAUAUGCAAUACUGAGAUAUGGUAUCCGCAUAUCGCUUAGACCUUCUGUUGACUGUUCUGGCACAAGGCAGAAGAGUGAGUGACUAUUAAUUGGACGAGAAGAGAUCAUCAUCACUUUUCUUAAUUAGGGGUUUCUUCUCAAAUGGAGAAGAAGAGAUCCACGAGGUCCCAGGAGAAAGCGGAUUUGGCCCGAAUACUUCGUAAAUCGUGGUACCGUCUCAGGUUGUCGGUGCGCCACCCAUCUAGGGUUCCGACGUGGGACGCCAUCGUCCUCACGGCUGCCAGUCCCCACCAAGCCGAGCUCUACGAGUGGCAGCUCAGGCGGGCCAAGCGCAUGGGCCGGAUCGCCAUCUCCACGGUCACCCUCGCCGUGCCCGACCCGAACGGACAGCGGAUCGGCUCCGGCGCUGCCACUCUCAAUGCCAUUUACGCCCUCGCACGCCAUUACCGCCACCUUGGUCUCGAUCUCUGCCCCGAGCAGGUGGCAAAUGGAUAUGAUAGUGGCUUUGGAUCUGCUGCGCCACGUGAUAAGUCCAACAAUGAAUUUCCGCUUCUACCAUUGGUUAGCUUCAUUGCAAAAAAGCAUAUACUGUUGCUUCAUGCGGGAGGUGACUCGAAAAGGGUACCUUGGGCAAAUCCUAUGGGCAAAGUUUUCCUGCCUCUGCCAUAUUUGGCAUCUGAAGACCCUGAUGGGCCAGUUCCCCUGCUUUUUGACCAUGUACUUGCAAUUUCUUCUUGCGCAAGACAAGCUUUUGAAAAUGAAGGUGGACUAUUUAUCAUGACAGGUGAUGUUCUUCCAUGUUUUGAUGCCUCAGCUAUGACUCUUCCAGGAGAUGCUGCCAGCAUCAUUACUGUUCCUAUUACUCUGGACAUUGCUUCUAACCAUGGUGUUAUUGUGGCAUCCAAAAUUGGAAUUUCAGAUGGAACUAACUCUGUCAGUUUAGUUGAGGAUCUUCUUCAGAAACCUAGUGUAGUGGAGCUUGUUAAGCAUAAGGCAAUUCUAGAUGAUGGUAGAACAUUGCUUGACACUGGAAUAAUAGCAGUUAGAGGUAAAGCAUGGGAGGAGCUUGCUAUGCUUUCCUAUUCCAGCCAACCAAUGAUUUCACAGCUUCUGAAGAGCAGAAAAGAGAUGAGUUUGUAUGAAGAUCUGGUAGCAGCUUGGGUACCUGCAAAACAUGAAUGGCUGCUACCACGCCCUUUGGGUGAAGAACUCGUCAACAGUUUGGGACAGCAUAAGAUGUUCAGCUAUUGUGCCUAUGAUUUGUCGUUCCUACAUUUUGGGACCUCAAGUGAAGUCUUGGAUCACCUUAGCGGGGGUAAUUCGGAACUUGUAGGUCGUAGACACCUAUGUUCUAUUCCGGCAACCACUGUUUCUGACAUUGCUGCAUCUGCUAUUAUUCUUUCCAGUGAGAUUGCACCUGGUGUCUCAAUUGGGGAAGAUUCUAUUGUAUACGAUUCAUCCAUAUUGGGUGGCAUACAAAUUGGUUCCCAAUCCAUCGUUGUUGGUGUUAAUGUGCCAGUAGUCAAUGAUAGUGCCCCAAAGGAGCCAUUCAGGUUCAUGCUUCCUGAUCGGCAUUGUCUUUGGGAGGUUCCAUUGGUAGGAUGCACUGGAAGAGUUAUUGUGUACUGUGGCCUCCAUGACAACCCAAAAAAUUCUCUUUCAAGGGAUGGAACUUUUUGUGGGAAACCAUGGGAAAAGGUUUUAGAUGAUUUAGGCAUUCAAGAAACUGAUUUGUGGAGCUCAACAGUUUCUCAGGAGAAGUGUUUGUGGAGCGCGAAGAUAUUCCCUAUUCUUUCUUAUUUCGAGAUGCUUCGUGUGGCAACAUGGUUGAUGGGCUUGAGUGACCAAAUAAAUGGAUCGUUGCUUCUUUUAUGGAAAAAGUCGCACCGUGUCAGUUUGGAGGAAUUGCAUAGAUCAAUUGACUUCUCACAAAUGUGCUUUGGCUCUGGAAAUCAUCACGCAGAUCUUGCAGCUGGGAUUGUCAAAGCUUGCCUUAAUUUCGGUUUGCUUGGCCGCAACUUGUCUCAGUUGUGCGAAGAAAUCCUCCAAAAAGAAGCCUCAGGAGUAAGAAUGUGCAAAGACUUCCUGGCCUUGUGUCCCAACCUCCAGGCCCAGAACUCUAAGAUCCUUCCUAAAAGCAGGGUAUACCAGGUGCAAGUUGAUCUUCUUCGAGCUUGCAGUGAAGAAACAGCAGCAUGUGAGCUGGAACACAAAGUUUGGGCUGCAGUGGCGGAAGAAACCGCUUCAGCUGUGAGGUAUGGCUUCAAAGAACAUUUCUCUGAAUCCUCCAAUAGGAUAUUUUCAAAAGGAAAUCAGAUUAUCAACAGGGAGGACCUUGUGGAUAAAUCUUUAUGCUCUAGAACAGCUAAGGUUGAGUUACCAGUUCGGGUGGAUUUUGUUGGUGGUUGGAGUGAUACUCCUCCAUGGAGCUUAGAGCGUGCUGGUUGUGUCUUGAAUAUGGCAGUAACUUUGGACGGUUCUCUUCCAAUUGGCACCAUCAUAGACACAACAAUAACUACUGGGGUGUCAAUCAGGGAUGAUGCUGGAAACGAGUUGUUUAUUGAGGAUAUUACCUGUAUCGCAACUCCAUUUGACAGCAAUGAUCCGUUUCGUCUUGUCAAAUCUGCACUGCUAGUGACUGGCAUUGUCCAUGAUAAGAUUCUUGUGUCCAUGGGAUUGAAGAUUAGAACAUGGGCCAAUGUUCCCCGUGGGAGUGGCUUGGGAACUUCCAGCAUCUUAGCUGCAGCUGUGGUCAAGGGACUUCUCCAAAUAACUGAUGGGGAUGAAAGUAAUGAAAAUGUAGCAAGACUUGUUUUGGUAUUAGAGCAGCUCAUGGGAACAGGAGGAGGUUGGCAGGAUCAAAUUGGAGGUUUAUAUCCUGGAAUCAAAUUUACAACAAGUUUUCCUGGAAUACCAUUGCGACUUCAAGUCAUCCCACUGUUGGCUUCUCCACAAUUAAUCAGGGAGUUGCAGCAACGACUGCUUGUGGUAUUUACGGGCCAAGUUCGACUUGCGCACCAAGUCCUGCAAAAGGUGGUAAUCCGGUAUCUCCGGCGAGACAACCUGCUUGUAUCCAGUAUCAAACGCCUCGCUGAACUGGCUAAGAUUGGAAGGGAGGCUUUAAUGAACUGUGAUGUAGAUGAACUAGGGGAGAUUAUGAUGGAGGCUUGGAGGUUGCAUCAAGAACUCGAUCCAUGUUGUAGCAAUGAAUUUGUUGAUAAACUCUUUGCAUUCGCUGACCCUUACUGCUGUGGCUACAAGCUUGUGGGGGCUGGUGGUGGGGGUUUUGCAUUGUUACUGGCCAAGGAUGCUGAGUGCGCCAAGGAAUUGACCCAUUUGUUAGAACGGGAUCCAGAGUUUGAUGUAGAAGUCUACAAUUGGCACAUCUCUUUAGGAAGUUAGGUAAAUGGUUAUAUACACCUUAAAUAACCGGAUCAUUUAUUGGGAGAUUAAUGUAAUUGAUGUAUAAUUUCUGUGCAAUAAAGUUUGGCAGAAAGCUGCUUGUUCUUUCAA